UACGCAAAAGGCGCAAUGAUAGGGAAAUCUCAAGGUUAUAUUUCGGUUGCGGAUGUGUCAUCUCCAGAAGAGUUAUUAAAAGUUAAUUUUGUCUCAUUGGCUAUUGGGAGUAUUUAUAUCGAAAAAAGUACCGACUCGACGUUAAUAUUACGCAAUCAUUACUUAUUACUUCGUAAUGAAACUUUUGUUACGAAUCGUCUAGUACAGUUCAAGUUUAUGGAAAUGGCAACCGAUACAACAGCCGGCGAAACAAUAUGCUCGAGUAAACAUUCCACUGAAGACAGAGAAUCAAUGAUUCAUUCACCCGAGUUGAUAAAGGAGGAAAGUGACGACGAGGAGGACGGUUUAUCGGAUCAGGCUUCAGAAACAUCUGUGAGAAGAUUGACAAUUUCAGACGAUGACGGUACCGAUGAACACCAGAUGGAAUUAAUAGAAUCAGAACCAAUGGAUAUUGAAGUCCUAAAUAACGACGACACUUCGGAAGGCGUUAUUCCUAAAAAUUCUAAAAGUUCUUUAUUAGAUAUAGAUAACAUCCAAAUUUUGGAUGAUUCUCCUACUAACGAAGACUCUUCGAAAGCAGAUGAAGAAACCAUUAAUAUAAGUGACAGCACCAGCAGUGAAAAAUCUGUUGACGAAGAAAAUACAACGAAAAAUCCGGUUUCUAGCGAUGCGUUCGUUACCGUUAACGAAGAAAACACUCCCGCUAAUUCGGGUGUUACGUUAAAACCGACUAAUAUUGUGGUCUUGAACCCAAAAAAUAAUCUUGCCGACAAGCAAAUCUUGAGUAAUGAUUUACUAAAAGGUCAGAGAGUAUUUAUACUGAAUGGAAACGUGAUUUCUAAAGAAGAAGUAGAAAAGACGAAGCCGGAUAAUAUUAACGUAAUUUGCGUAUCGAACAAUCUGAACGAUAUAAUUACCAGUAAAUCUUUGCUAACUCCGGAAACUAGCGACAAGAACCUUGUUUUUAAAAGUAUAGAAAAAUUCAUCAAUAAUCACUCAACCAAUCUAACAGUGAAGAAUGUGAAUGGUCCGACCAAUUUAACAGUGAAGAAUGUGAAUGGUCCGACCAAUGUAACAGUGAGGAGCGUUAACGGUCCUAAAGUUAUUCAAAUAGCGCCAGGUAAAUUGAAGCAGAUUUCACCGAUCUCACCUAAAGUCGUAACAACACCUACAACGGCGAUAGUUACACCGGUUCCAGCAGUUCCUAAAAUAAUCGCAUCCAAGCCGACGCCUCCGAAUACCAGUAAAAUUAAUGAACUUUUUAGAACGAAAGGUUUAGAGGAUACUCCACUUACCAAUCAAAAUCAAACUUCUGAAUCAUUCGUUACUAUAAAGAAAAGUAAUUCUCUGGGAGCUACGAAGAAAGAUAGUAUCGAAUCGGAGUCUCCAGCUGUUGCUAAAGCGAGAAGUGAAUUCAAUAAAUGUCGCAAAAAACUAAUCGAAGCUGCUAUUCAUCCUCAACUACCAACUUACAGGCCUCCGACUAGUUACGAAGGGCCUAUUUUUUCUUGCGAGGAAUGCGAUGAUACAUUUUCAUGUACAGAUAGUUUGAGAAAUCACAAGAAUCGACGAAGCGUUUUAUUCACCUAUAAUUGCCCGCCUUGUAACUCCACGCUGGAAUUCUACAACCGUUGCACCUUUUUAUUACAUGUGCGAUCGCACGAUGCAGCCGUCAAAGCAUGUUACCUCACUAUUUCAACCAUUCCGUCAGAUAAGCUCAAUUUCAAACUACUUCACGAAGAUGACCUCGAACCACCAAUGGCGCCAUCGCUUGAAAAGUCCGUUCAACUGGUUGAGAAACCCGUUCAACCAUCUGAAACGCCAGUUCAACCGCCUGAAAAGCCUGUUCAGCCACCUGCAAAACUCGUUCAACUUGAAAAGCCCAUUCAGCCCCCUGAGAAGCCGAUUCAACCGCCUGAAAAGCUUGUUCAAGCUCUUGAAAAGCCUACACAAUCGUCUGAAAAGUCUAUUCAACGUAACAAAGAUCGUGUAAUUUCGCGUAUAGAAAACGUAGAAAGCACUGAAGUAGCAGCCAGAGUAGAAGUGAAAGAAAACGGCACCGAAAAAUCUAAAACUAUCGCAAAACCGAAUGAUGACGAUAAGCUAUUGAAAAAUUUCGAGUUUAUCAAAAAAACACUCGAUAAAAAUAAGUUCGAAGCUUACUUACAAAAUACCGACUGGAAUAAAAAUUUAUCCGAUGAAGUGUGUGUCGAAGAAAAAUCCGAUUUCGAGUCCAGCUUAUCUGAUGACUCGUCCGAUGAUGACAACGAUAGCGCCGCUUCACUUGAUACGCCAUUCAAUGACACGAGCUCGUUGAAUGGAUCUGCUAGUUCAUCGCGGCUCAAGUAUUUCCUUACCAUGAACGAUUUCCAUCCGAACGCUGCUUCGUUGAAACGAUACCCCCCAAAUCCACCUGCCGCCGAAGAAACCGCCAGUAAAAAACCAAAAGUAAAAGAUACAUCGACCAAAGAAGUGGAAACUUCACCUGAAUCAGUAUUAUCGAAAACCAAGCAUACUCCGAUCAUUAUCAAAACUAAAUCAACUCAACCGAAACACGAACCCGUGACAGAGAAGCCACCUCCGGUGGAAAAGCCAUCAUUCGCUGAUGAAAUUACUCUAACUAGUUCGGACGACGACGACGAUGACGAAGAUUCGGAGUGUGGUCAUGUCACAGAUGAAACUAAAACUGUCAUAUGUCGCGAGUGUAGAGCCGAAGUGACGAAUUUGAAUAAACAUAUUAGAGCGGAGAACAAACCGUUGAAAGAAUUCCUUUGCGAACAUUGUAAAUUUUUCAGCCCGAGUAAGUGUGCUUUACAAGCUCAUAUUCGCAUGCAUACCAAAACUCAACCGUAUAUUUGUCCUGAUUGUGGAUUCUAUUUCAAUACUUACGAGACUUUCCAAACACACGUGAAACAAGUUUGCUAUUACGAUUUCAAAGCUAUUCGUUUCGAAUGCCCGGAAUGUUCUCUUCUCAAACCUUCCGUGCAGGCGUUUGCGGAUCACUUAAAACGUUGCCAUACUAGAGAUGUGUUCAAAUGUAGUUUAUGUAUAACGUCAUCUUAUUCGACGAAAGUUGUCGAUAUACAUAUUAGCAAAAGGCACGUCGGAGAAGACGGAACUGUACUAGAGGGAUACCGGUGUAUGCUUUGCCCUAAUAUUCUAAUUUCGAAGAAAUCAAUCGAUACGCAUAUCAACAAACACGUGUUCAGUUUGAAGCAUUUGCGUUACGUUUACAUAUGCAAAAAAUGCAAGAAGUACGCCAGUGGAAAAAGAAAGAAAUUCGUGCAACAUUUGAGUGAAUGCGGAGAAAAGAAAAUAGAAACCGUAGUCCAGUCUAAAGAAGUCAAAGAAAAGGUGUCACCGAUUAAACCUACUACGAGUAAAGCUCCAGUGCCAUCUAAACCGAAUCGCAGUCGUCCUUCCAAAUCACCUGGUAAGAAGAAUCUCUCCGAUGCAGCAGAAAAAGAUCCACUUUCUAUGGAAGAAUGGGAAGCUGAUAAAUUGAAAUCGCAGUACGUACCAAAAACCAAAAUCUGCGUCAUGUGUCGUUCAGCAGAUAUUAGCAGUAGGUCGAAUUCGAUGUUUUGUAACACUUGCGUGUGUUCGGUGAAUGCAGACGAUACAGCUGCCGAAUCGUCUGGAGGUCCUAAACACGAUUCCGGCCGACCUAAGCGUAAAUUCAAAUGUCGUUUGUGUAAACAAUUCAUGAAUAAAGAUUGGCCUACUAUUACGAAGCAUUACGAACAAGAUCAUCAUUCUGAUCUCAACUCGAAAGGUGAAUCGAGAUCGAAACCGCUCAAAGAUAAAGACAAAGAGAAGGAGAAGGAGAAGGAGAAAGAUAAAGAAAAGGAUAAAGACAAAGAAAUCGAAACUAAGAAACCGGACAACGUAACUCCCGUGAAUAUUAUAAAGAAACGGCGCCUUCCUGUGAAAGAAACUCCUCCUCCAGUGAAAUCUCCUAGAAUCGAAGACAUACCCUUAGAAUCACCCGAUCCAGAAAUAGGUAUUCGUCCAAAUCCGUAUAUUUGCUUUCAUUGUAAGUUCACUUGCGUAGACCGUCAAGAAUUCAAAACUCAUAUCGUUACCCAUAAAGAUCCUAAUAAUACGCAGUGUCCGGAAUGUGGUCAGUGUUUCAUAAUAGAUACUACAUUAGCUAAGCAUGUUCUCAUCGUACAUCAUGUUCGUUCACUGAGAAAAUACUUCACCGAAAACGGCUUGUUGAGAGAAAAAGAAAAAAAACCGCCAGCGAGGAAGAAAGAACCAUUGAAGGAAAAUCAAUGCGACGUCUGUUAUAUAUUCUGCGACUCGAAGCAAAGUUACGACAAGCAUAUCCGCACCCAUGGUAUGGCAUUCGUUGCGUUACAGAGUCGAUCAAAAGGAUGAGAAUGACAGCAGUCAACGUGGCUACUUAGUCAAAUUGUAGACCACGUUUGACUCAUUUUCCCAGAUUACAAGUUACACACUUUUAAUUACGAUUUUGUCAAAGUUCACUGAAUCUUGUUUCUUGUUUAGAUUAUUUUUUUUUUUAUUAUUUCGUUUUUCAUUUUUGUGUAUUUUCUGUUUUUCCAAAUUUUUUUUUUUUUUUUGAAGGAAUUUCAUUACGCAGAUUUGCGAUUACACUUUUCGUUUUGAGGAAAAAUUUGCUUUUUCAAAUUAUAUUCGCGUAUGGAUUGUUUAUGUUUAAAGAAAACUACCUAUAUUUUUUCUUUAGUACCAUUAUUGCAUUUUUAUUACUUUUUUUUAGUAGAAUAUGUAUAAUUAAGUUGAUUGUUUGUAUUGAUUUUUUGCAAUAUUGUUUUUCUUCAUUAUUAAAAAAAUUGAUUUUUGUUCUGUUGCAUACAGGCAAUAUUGUACAGGUACAAACAAUAAAAAAAGCGUUGGAAAUGCGAA